ACCAGAUGAACCGCCCCAGUCAAACCAUCUGGCAAUUAACAAACUCAUCACCACUGUAGUAUUAUACCCCUCAAAGAAAGCUCAAGAGCCAAUGUUACCUCCCUCCUCCACCCUUUUAUAAACCCCCACUGUGCUCAACUUUCCUGCACCACGUUCACUCAUCCUCUUCCGUGCUUCUUCUUCUCUAUUCUUGUUCCCUACUACCCUUUUUUCCUUGUUCGGCCUGCAUUCUACCAUCUUUCGGAGAAUUUAUUCCUCUCUUAAUUCGAAUUGAUCAUCAGCGCAGAAUUAAAGGACGCCUUAUUAAUUUUGCAGUAGAAAAGAUUUAGUUUGUGCGGUUUAUGCACACCAUUGGCAAACUCCCAUCUGCUGUUCCUCUCGUCCAAAUCCAUCUUCUCGCAACAGGCGCCGCCAUGUCAACAGCCCAGCAGAGCGGCAGCCCGACCCAUGCGGCGGCGGCGGCGGUGGAGACGAGCAGCCACUGGGCGCCGCACGGCCCCGUGCUGACGGCCUGCCUCGUGAGCAUCAACCUGCUGAUGAUCCUCCUCAUCUUCUUCUACUUCUGGCGCUUCUUCUCCGGGAAGCGAGGGCCCUCCUCCCCCGGCGAGGGGGAAUCGUCCUCGGCCGACACGUCCCCCGCGACCUCGCCGCGCGCGUCCUCAUCCUCCAGGCGCCGGCGGGAGGACAUCGCGUCUUCCCUGCCCGUCUCCGUGUUCGACUCGAGCCGCGACGCCGCCGACAGGGACGGAGACUGCGCGGUGUGCAUCGUGGAGUUCCGCGACGGGGAACUCGCGCGCCUCCUCCCCCGCUGUGGCCACCGGUUCCACGCGGCCUGUGUCGACGCCUGGCUGCGUCUCCACGCCACCUGCCCGCUCUGCCGCGCCAGCGUCGUUGCCCCCGCGGGGCCCGACGCCGCCGCGCCCAAGAACGGCGACCCCAAAGACGACGGCGCGGCAGAUGAGUGCCCGGUGUGAUCCGAACGGCCGGAUCGAUGAGCCUGCGUGGGCUGGAUCGGCAAGCUGGAGGAGCACGUAACGGCGGAAGGCGACACGGCAUCUUUUCGGCGGCGGCGUUUUCCCUUAAUUAGCGGACUCGUGCUGGUCGAUCGGUGACGGUGAGGCUUCGUCGUUUCUCGAUCGAUCGUGUUUUGCUGUGUUCUUGUGUUAUCUCUCUCUUCUGUUUUGGGGAUCGGUCUCGAUCGGUGGCAUGGCAUACAUAUUUAGAUCAGUCCUCUAUGUAUGUGUGCUCUCAUCAUUGGAAUUGUAAGAUUGGAGUAGUAGUAUAUAGUACUCCGUAUAUUACAUUAGACUCGCGUGCGUGUGUGACAGAUUAUGCAGUGUAAGAUUGUAUGGAAAACUUAUGCUUUUCGGGCGGUGAAUUUCGUCUGAAUCACGUGUGCCUUGACGUGCAUCACGACGGACAGGGAAUAAACCGUA